AUGUCUUCGGCAUUAACCAAUCCAGAUCCCGACUGGCUCAACAAGGGAGAUCAGGCCUGGCAGUUGACUGCCGGGACGCUGGUCGCUCUUCAGUCGAUUCCGGGACUUGCGAUUCUCUAUGCCGGAUUCGUGAAGAAGAAAUGGGCCAUCAACUCCGCAUUCAUGGUCUUCUACGCUUUCUCCGCCACACUUGUCGUCUGGGUGAUUUGGGCAUACAAAAUGGCAUUCGGCGAGCAAUGGGGGAGUUUCCCUCUGGUUGGAACACCCGGUCCCGUCCUAACUAUGAAACAAAACCUGGCGCAAGCAACUUUACCAGCCGCAGAUGUGUCGGUCAAUUUCAACCUGUCAACUAUGAUAUACUUCCAGUUCGUCUUCGCGGCCAUCACGGUCAUCAUUCUGGGAGGAUCUUUGCUAGGCCGAAUGAAUCUUUUGGCAUGGAUGGUAUUCGUACCCCUCUGGAUCACAUUUAGUUAUACUGUUGGGGCAUUCAGUCUCUGGGGCGGAGGAUUCCUCUAUAAAAUGGGGGUCUUGGACUAUUCAGGCGGAUAUGUCAUUCACUUGAGCUCUGGCACUGCUGGAUUUGUUGCUGCAUUCUGGGUAGGUCCACGUUUGCAACGCGACAAGGACUCCUUCUACCCCAACAACAUUCUCCUCAUGCUGGUCGGUGCGGGUAUCCUUUGGGUAUGCUGGAAUGGAUUCAAUGGAGGUGAUCCAUACGCGGCCAGCCCCGAUGCCGGUGUUGCCGUUCUCAACACCAAUAUCUGCACCGCGGUUAGUCUGCUCGUUUGGACUUGCCUGGACUACAUAUUUCUCAAGAAGCCAUCCGUCAUUGGCGCUGUUCAAGGCGAGAUCACUGGCCUCGUGGCAAUCACCCCCGCCGCUGGAUUCGUUGCAGGCUGGGGCGCUGUCAUCAUUGGAGUUUGCUCCGGUUCGAUUCCUUGGAUAUCAAUGAAUAUCCUGGGAAGAAUGAGAUGGAUGAAGAAAGUUGAUGACGUUAUGGGAAUUGUCCAUACCCAUAUGGUUGCCGGAGUCCUGGGUGGGUUUCUCACAGGCAUCUUCGCCACUAUUGAUGGCUGUGCAGCGUUUGGUCUUACGAAUCCCGGCGGUGCGAUCGAAGGCAAUGGAAAGCAAGUAUGGCUGCAAAUUGUGGGUGCCCUAUUCAUUAUGGGCCUCAAUGUCUUUAUCACGACAUUGAUUUGUCUUUUCAUUCAAUAUGUCUUACGUAUACCGUUGCGUAUGACUGAGCAACAACUACUUGUUGGCGAUGAUGCAAUCCACGGUGAAGAGGCAUAUGCAUUGUUCUUUGAGGGCGAGAGAAGCCACAUCAGUCUUAAUGCUAACGCACUUGAGAGUGGCCAUAUCAUCGACAGUCUCAGUGUGGCAAAUGCAGAGGGAGCUAGUGGCAGUGGUCAAGGGACUCCUUCAAAGAAGUCUGAGUGA